UUCCUGUAAAGCAACCCCCCCUUUUUUUUUCUUUUGUUAAUAUGCUUGUUCAUGUAAUUUUCUCUGUCAAUUGAAUCAUGAUUAUAAGUUCUGUAAUUGAUUUUAACAAUAAAACCAAGGACAAUGGACCUAAUGCAAGAAACCCAUUCUGUUGUUUUAGCUCUGAAGCCGGCAAACAAGAGAUAGGUGUCACAGUCCGAUAACUGGAAAAGCUUUUUUUUGUUUUUUUUUUAAAGUUUAAUAUAAUUUUAUGGAGAAUUUAUUGUUUCCUUGUUGCUUAUUUUUACUAUGAGAGACAACUCGCGACGAGAAUUUUAAGGUUUCUUAAAGUUGUCAAGUGUGUCAAAUGGAAACAUAAAAUUUUCCAUUAAAAUGAAAUGAAGAUUCUUGUCAUAUGGUGAAGCUCCUUGGGAAUUAUUUGGCUGGAUACAUGGUGUGGACAGUUUAGAUGAUAAAAUAUUUUGCUUUCAUGUACAAGGAAAGAACGCAGCUGGAUAAAAUUUCCUGUUGACUUACCUUUUAGGGGUCAAUGCUAUCUUCUUUUUUGCCAUACAAUUUUAAUAAUUUGCAAAAAAGGAAUGUGUGUUGGAAAUUUGUGGCAAGUAUUGUGAAGUUUUCCAAGCCAACUUGCCGCAGUCUAUAUAUUUAAGUCAAUUAUAUUUGUGUGUUUAUCUCUUAUCUCUUCAGAGUUUUGUUCUGCUUUGCCAUCCUUCGUUUGUUAAGUUAUCAAAGAGAAAAUGGGUAAUUUAUUCUGUUGUGUACAAGUUGACCAGUCUACAGUAGCCAUCAAGGAGAGAUUUGGCAGGUUCGAUGAUGUUCUUGAACCUGGAUGCCAUUGCCUUCCUUGGUUUCUUGGAAGUCAGCUUGCUGGCCACCUGUCGCUGAGGUUGCAGCAGUUGGAUGUUCGUUGUGAGACCAAGACUAAGGACAAUGUAUUUGUCAAUGUUGUUGCAUCUAUUCAAUACCGUGCACUAGCAGAUAAGGCAAGCGAUGCCUUUUACAAACUCAGCAACACAAGGACACAAAUUCAAGCUUAUGUUUUUGAUGUUAUUAGAGCAAGUGUUCCAAAGCUGAAUCUGGAUGAUGUUUUUGAACAAAAGACUGAAAUUGCUAAAGCUGUUGAAGAAGAACUUGAGAAGGCUAUGUCUGCCUAUGGGUAUGAGAUUGUUCAAACACUUAUCGUGGACAUAGAGCCUGAUGAGCAUGUGAAGCGUGCAAUGAACGAAAUUAAUGCUGCUGCAAGGCUGAGGGUGGCAGCUAAUGAGAAGGCGGAGGCUGAGAAAAUUUUGCAAAUCAAACGAGCAGAAGGUGAGGCUGAGUCUAAAUAUUUGUCAGGACUGGGUAUUGCUCGCCAGCGGCAAGCGAUUGUUGAUGGUUUGAGAGAUAGUGUUCUGGGAUUCUCUGUCAAUGUUCCUGGGACGACUGCAAAGGAUGUCAUGGACAUGGUCCUGGUCACCCAGUACUUUGACACCAUGAAAGAAAUUGGUGCUGCUUCUAAAUCUUCGGCUGUGUUCAUCCCUCAUGGUCCUGGAGCUGUUCGUGAUGUCGCUACUCAGAUUCGUGAUGGACUCCUCCAGGCUGCACAUCAGUAACUAUAUGACUUUUCAAAGGCUUAUACUGGGUUUUGCUUUAGACAAGCAUUAAGGGUUUUAAUAUUUGCCUGUUUAGUUCUUGGUGCCUUAGCUCUUGUUUAAUUGUGGUUUGUCAUUUGUCCAGUGUGAGCACUUGUGUACAGAUGAGCGUACAAGGUUUGUGAAGUACAUGGGCUGCAUGAUUUUCUAUUUUUAUAGAUAUUGAGAGGCUUUAUGUUGGA